GGUUUCUUUGCGGCCUGGAGGACUUUCAUAUCAGGGAGAAGAAAACGUAAUGUUGCAAAGUAUUUAUUCCUCCUUGAGCUAGUUGUUAUGAUUACGCGAAGCAACUGCAGAGUCCCCGUCAUAUGAGGAUGGUCAGCAAAGAUGAAAGCUCUAAACUAGAGCUCAGGAAGAAGACAAACAGGAUACCAGGAAAUACAUUGGAAUUAAUUGUGAGUGGCCAUGGCCUACUCCAGCUACAGUAAUCUGAGCAGGGCUCAGCUUACCUUUGAGUAUCUGCACACAAAUUCGACGACCCACGAGUUCUUAUUUGGAGCCUUGGCAGAGCUUGUGGACAAUUCAAGAGAUGCCAAUGCCACACGGAUAGACAUCUACACUGAAAAAAAGCCAGAGCUGCGGGGUGGCUAUAUGCUCUGUUUCCUGGAUGAUGGAAUUGGGAUGGACCCGAAUGAGGCAACCCAUGUGAUUCAGUUUGGAAAGUCAAGCAAACGAUCUCCUGAGUCCACUCAAAUUGGCCAGUAUGGAAAUGGACUGAAAUCGGGCUCUAUGCGUAUUGGGAAAGAUUUCAUCUUGUUCACAAAAAAGGGAAACGCACUGACAUGCCUUUUCUUAUCGAGGACUUUCCAUGAAGAGGAGGGACUCGAUGAGGUGAUAGUGCCGCUCCCCUCCUGGGAUCUGAGGACCAAGGAGCCGCUGACUUCUGAUCCUGAGAAAUAUGCCAUUGAGACAGAACUGAUCUUCAAAUACUCACCUUUUAAAAAUGAGCAGCAGCUGAUGGAGCAAUUCAACAAAAUAGAGAGCAGCAGUGGUACUCUUGUGAUCAUCUAUAACCUGAAGCUGAUGGACAGCAGAGAACCAGAGCUGGAUGUAGAAACAGAUCACCAGGAUAUUCUGAUGGCUGGGACUCCUGCAGAAGGAGUGAAGCCAGAGAGGAGGUCAUUCAGAGCAUACGCUGCUGUUUUGUACAUCGACCCACGCAUGAGGAUUUUUAUCCAGGGCCAUAAAGUCAGGACUAAGAGACUUUCCUGCUGUCUUUACAAGCCAAGGGUUUAUAAAUACUCAUCAACUCGUUUUAAAACUCGUGCUGAGCAGGAAGUCAAAAAAGCAGAUCACCUUGCAAAGAUUGCGGAGGAAAAGGCCAGAGAGGUGGAGAGUAAGUGCAUGGCUUUGGAGGCCAGAUUGGGAGAGGAUCUGUCAAAAGAUUCACGGGCUAUUCUAAGAAAGGUCCAGGAUUCAGCCAUGAUGUUACGAAGGGAUGCUGACAUGAAAAAAAGGAUACUCGAAGCCAAACAGAAAGCAUUAAAGGAGCCCAAGGAGUUGAAUUUUAUUUUUGGAAUGAAUAUUGAACAAAGGGACCUGGAUGGGAUGUUUGUGUACAAUUGCUCUCGUCUAAUCAAGAUGUAUGAGAAGACGGGUCCUCAGCUGGAGGGAGGCAUGGCAUGUGGUGGUGUGGUUGGAGUAGUGGAUGUCCCAUAUUUAGUUCUAGAGCCAACUCACAACAAACAGGACUUUGCAGAUGCUAAAGAGUAUCGACAUUUACUAAAAUCCAUGGGGGAAUAUUUAGCUCAGUACUGGAAGGAUAUCAACAUUGCUCAGAAAGGCAUAGUGAAGUUCUGGGAUGAGUUUGGAUAUCUGUCUGCCAGCUGGUCUGCACCUCCGUCAUCAGAGUUGAGAUACAAGAGACGCCGUGCCAUGGAGAUACCACUUACUAUUCAGUGUGAUAAAUGUUUAAAGUGGAGAACACUGCCUUUCCAGAUGGAUGCGGUGGACAAACGCUACCCAGACAGUUGGGUUUGUCUCAUGAACCCUGACAGCACCCAGGACAGGUGUGAUGCUCCAGAACAAAAACAGAAUUUGCCAUGUGGUGUUUUGAAGAAAGACAAGCUGACAGCUGAAGACAAACGGAAAGAGCUAGCAGACAAAAUCAAACAGCAGCAGGAGAAACUAGAGGCCUUGCAGAAAACCAGCACCAUCAAAUCUGCAGCAGAUGUGAAAAAGCUGCCACUGGAGGUCAGCAUGAAACCAACAGAGAGCUCCUCUCAGGCAACUAGGUCAUCUGAAAGGACCACAAUUCGCCCACGCUCCCCACCACUCCCAGCUCACCUUAAAAAUGCCUCGAGUGUCCCUCCAACUCGUACACCUUCUCAACGCCCCACCCGAACAUCUGCCCCCCCACCUCCACCCUCCAGGGUUGAACCAUCCAGGUCCAGAGCUGCAGCAAAGGCUGCUCCUGCUGCUGCAAAGCCCGCACCCAAAGUUACUGCCAAAACACCCCCACCGAGCCGCAACUCACGGGCAUCUACCAAAGCGUCACCUGCCAAACCAGUAGCUGCCGGACAGCGCAGGAGAAUAAUGGAGCAAGACGACAGUGAGGAGGAGGAAGAGGAAGAAGAAGAGGAGGAAGAGAGUGAGGAGGAUAGUGAGGAAGAACCACAGACAAAAAAAUCUAAGAUAACGGCAGCUGCCAGUAACCGUGGCAAAGUGGUGGAAAAGGCCCCACCUCCCAAACGUGCAAAGCUGGACGAGGUUAAAACUCACUCUCAGCCUGAGAGGAAAGGGGUUUCUGCGUCUGUUCGGCAGGCGCCAACCACACCAACCUCUGUUCCUAAAUCCAUUUCCACACAACAGCUUGGGGCUAAAGAAAAGGCAACCGAGAAAGCUUCACAGCAGGAGCCAGAGAGCGACCCAAAAAAUGCUCAAAAGGAUAAGGGUCUGCUGGUUGAAGUGCGUGUCAAUAAGGAGUGGUACACAGGCAAAGUCAUUGCUGUGGAGGCAAAUAAACAGAGCGUGCGCUGGAAAGUUAAAUUUGACUACGUGCCUCGAUCCACCCCUAAAGACCGAUGGGUGUUUAAGGGCAGCGAUGAAGUGCGGUUGAUGCGGCCACCAUCUCCAAUCUCUCAGACGCCUGACACUCAACAGGAGACCGAGAGGGGCCCGGCACCCAUGGAGCCAGACACUACCCAACCAGGAACCAGUCGAGAGGUGACUGACAGCCUGGUCACCAUGUUGAGGACAAUGCUGCGCUACUUCUUCCCUCCUGCUUUUCGGAUUCCAAAGGACGAUGUUAACAGCAUGACAGCUGAGGAGUUGGUGGCUUUUCCUUUGAAAGAGUAUUUCCAGCAGUAUGAAUCUGGUCUCCAGUCGUUGUGUAAUUCGUACCAGAGCAGAGCUGAUGCCAGGGCCAAAGCUGUAGAAGAGAAAAGCAACAGCACUGAAGUCAAACUGAAGGAGGCAGAUGAGAAACUACAGAAACUGCGAACAAACAUUGUAGCACUUCUGCAGAAAGUACAAGAGGACAUUGACAUAAACACAGAUGACGAACUUGAUGCCUACAUAGAAGACCUCCUUACCAAAGGUGAUUGAAGAAUACAGAAAAGAGAAAUAUCAGAGAAGAGGACAUGGACAUUAAGAGACUGGCAGUUCUCCUGGCCUGUUGUUUUGAUUUUAGUCCGUUUUAUAUACCUGCUUAUAUAUGUUAAUCUAUGUUUAAGACGUCUCUCCUCGACUGAGCUUUGGAUUAGUUUGUGUAGGUUUAAUACAAUGUAUUUCCUCUUUUAUAUAGUCAGCUAAUGUUGUGAUAAAUCUUAUUUGUUCUUCAUUUUGGUCCAUUGUCAGGUGGAAAGUGCACACACCAAGGAUCGGUCUGUGCUCUGUACUGCUCACUGUACCUAAACAGUAACUUUUAUUUUUGUACACUAAAAACACAUCAGUGUUACCCAUGAUGUUUCCCCAUCCUGGUCAGCAAACCAGGUUAGUCUUCUACGGUUGGGUGAUGUGUCACAUCUACAAAUAAGAACUACUUACUGGGUUUUAUCAGUAUGAAUAUCCCCUUACAUCCCUUCUGUGUUUAAGCUAUGACUGUUCUGUGUUUAUUUUUUGGAGGAAAACAAUUUCAGUUGAAUGCAAAAAAUGUGUGUUCAUAAUUAUUCAGUGCCUGCGUCUUUGUUUCAAACAGAUUUUUAACAUGUCAUUGAAAUGUUUUAUUAAUGCAUGCUUUCAGUCAUUUUGUUCUAACUAGAACAAAGGAUUCUGUAUUUUUGACAAACCUUUACUUAAAACAAUAAACCAGGUUCAGCAGAA